AUGUCCAGUGUUAAGGUUGAGAUUGAUCGUUCAACAACGGACGGUACAUUUACCAAUUACGAUAUUAUCCAGGGUACGGUCACCCUAGCUGUUACCAAGGCAAUCACUUUAAACUGGAUCCAGGUCAAGAUAGAAGGAAUAUCAUCGACACAACUUUCUAUACCUCGAGAAAGAGAAUCUUUUGUAAAUAAUAGACAUCAACGUGAACGCAAAGAUAAGAUUUUUGUAGACCUACACAAAGUGCUAUAUGAUACGGUGAUUGUUUUCCCUCCAGAUAAUGUACGUCAGGUUAGUAAUGCUAAAGACUUCACUUUAGCUCCAGGGAACUAUUCAUAUCCUUUUGAGUUCAAGAUUCCUUUGCAUAAUUCGUGUGUAAAAAUGAGUGGAAUCACUAAUAAAGUACAAUUCAAUCCAAAGACAUUUGAUGUGAUUGUGAAUAACGGGAACUUCAAUACCACUUUUGUGCAAAAUAAAGCUAAUCAAUUUGUUAAUGAUCUUGUCACCGGCAAUUCAAAAAGACCCCAUUAUCUUCCGCCGCAACAAAUGCAACAACACUAUCACAUCACUUCGCAAUUGCCUCCUUCACUUUCAGGAAUCGGCUCAUUUGCCAAUGUGAAAUACUUUAUCAAAGUGACUUGUAAAAAGUCGUCAAUUUUCAAAGCUAACCUUAGGGCCUACGAUCCGUUUAUUUUCCUACCUUUGGAUCUAGAUAUGCAAAAUCGACCAUUGUUAGGUCUUAAUGGUCAACACCAACAAUAUGAUGUAGAUUACAAAGAAGCAUUUGCUAGGAAGCAGUUGGUUUUCAAGAAUAGAAUACCAGAGAUUGUGGGUGUUGAGCUAAGUAGGCCCCAGAAGAAACCACCACCAUCACUACAACAACAACAACAGCAGCAGCAGCAGCAGGAGCUACAACAACAACAACAACAACAACAGCAAACACUAACUGUUUCAAGAAAACAAGGAUUUUUACUGAGACUUUUUGGUGGCACGGAUACCUCUUCUUCUUCUUCUUCUUCUACUUAUCCACAACCUCCAAUAAACCAUGGAAAACAAAGCAGGAAAAGUAUACCGGAGAUUCGUUCAAAAGAUGUUCCGUUUUCAUUUGAAAUCAGGUUUCGACAUCCUGCAUUUCUAAUACCUACUAAACCGCCAUCGUUUAGAUUGUACCUUAUUUCACAUCUAGACCCGCAACGGUAUACUUUGGCAGAGUAUGGACGGCCAAAAGAGUCCAAUGGGUUGGGAGUCAUAUAUAUGCAGAGUUUAACAGUCACCUUGACUUCAACUACCAUUAUAUCUGUUGUUGAGAACGAUGGAGCAUCAAAUGAAUAUCAUAUGGGCCAGCACGAAGAAGUCAUAACUAUUUGUAGCAAUAAGUAUCAGAAUUUGAAGUUUGAUUUGAUGCAUGGUCAAUUAAAUAGAAAUGCAUCAAAUAUGAACUCGCCUGGACCAAUGUAUGAAAUUGAAGUGCCCAGAAAGUAUUUCGAUAAUUGUAUAUUACCGGAUCAUUUAUCACCCAGUUUCAAGACUUGUAACAUAACCAGGAGGUACCAUUUGAGUAUAGUUGGUGGAUUCUCAUGCGAGCAGAUCAAUGACUUUGGGUCGAAAAAGGAAGUUUCCAAAAAGCUAAAAUAUGUAGAUUUGCAAUGUUCAAAUAUCAAAGUUCUUAGUGGGUUGCAUAUGACAGACACAUUACAUUCAAACGCCUCAAAAUCUUCCAUACCUCGGGUAUCCAAUUCUUCGCAAUUGUCGAUACCAAAAUUGCCCACACCGCCGCCUACAUUACCAUUGCAGAGCAAGGAAAAGCAAUAUUCACAUAACUCGAUAAGUCCAGUAAACAAUGCAACUGGCGGUGCUAGUGGGCUUGACAAGAAUGGUUCAGAGGAACAUUCUUUGGAAGUGGAUGCACAAGUUGUCGAGAAUGUCCAAUUGCCAACUUAUGAAGAAGUUGUUUUGGAGAGUUCGUAUCAGGACGAUAGUGAGCACCAAAGAGCUCGUAGACGGUACCAGCAACAUGAACAGUAUUAUUAUAAUCUAGAAUAA